CCCAAGGCCAGGCUGGACGGGGCUUGGAUCAAAUUGGGAUAGUGGAAGGUGUCCUUCUUCCCCUGGGGAGAUCUUUAGGUGUCAGAAGGUUUAAGGAGCACGGUUUUCCUUGACUUUUUCUCAGAAUCCACCCUCUAGGCGGUACCAAAGGGAGAGGAAUUUUGUCCAAGGACUUCUGCAGGGUGAGUUUUGUGCAACACAAAGGGAAAUGCGGAGUGGAGUGGACAGGGCACAACACCCGGGGCUUGGAAUGGGCAAAUAAACCCUGGGAGCAAACGUGGAUGUCUUGGAAACCAAACAGACGGGAAGGGUUUGCCUGUGAGGCACCUGCAGAGCUGAUCCAAAUUCCCUUUGGAUCAGCUUCCCAACGCAGCCUGGGCUGCUCUGGCCACAAACAGGGCUGAGUAUCUGCUGAGUAUCUGCUGAGUAGCAGCCCUGACCCCUCAGCAGAGCCAGGGCUGGCACUUCAGGCAGCAAAUAAAUCCUUUUAUUUCUCUCUUUCCCUGCUCGGAGGGUGACAGACUCUCCAUCCAUCACUCAAAGAUGGUUACUCUGAGGUUACUCCUGGUAGCAGAACUCAGCGGAAUCCCAGGGCAGUCACUGCCUUGCAGCUACUGUUUAUGAGGGAAGGGAAAGUCUUGUUUGCUCUGUCUGCCCUUCCGAGGGAGUCAGCAGAAUCCUGUCUGUGCUCCAGCUCUUCCCAGGCAGGAAUUGCCUUUUGGGAAUGUUUUCCUCGAGGGUUGUGACAAUCCUCGAGGUUUUUGGGUUCUUGGGGAGCUGUAAAAACCAAGCUGGAAUGAAGAGCUCGCAGUAUAAAAUAGGUCAAGGCACUAAGGAAAAAUCCAAAAAUCAAUUGAUUUUCAGCUAAUUGGGGUUGUUCCCGGUGCUCUGUAACAGUUUGAAUGCUCUGCCCUGGAAGCCUGAGGGGUUUGCAGGUUUCUUUUGCUUUGUUUGAGGAAUUUUUGAGAAAAUCCCCCGGAGUUUUGGGCAGCAACUGGGGCUUCCCUUAAUGUUGUGUCAUAGGGGAAAGCCCUGAGCUCAGCUUCCCUAAAUAAAUGUAUUUUUUAGGGAGUUAUCCAGAGGGUUUGGCGGCGUUUUCCUGCUGAUCUCUGCUGACUGAGGGCUCUGUCCUGUUCAGGUGUGACUGCUCUGCUGGCAUCACUGUGAUCCCCUAAAGAUCAGGGCUCCUUUUGGGGGUCAAAAGUUGGAUUUGAGAGCAGUGGAGAGCUUGGUUGGGGUGGGAUUUGUGGAAUAACUCCUCAGGGAGAUGAAAGGCGGCACUUCCCAAGGAGCUUCGGAGGAUGGAAUUUGGUUCCGCAGCCUUUGGAGCGGCUGAAGUUGGAAUUCUUUGGAUUUGUUUUCUGCUGGAGUUAACACCUCUGUGCAGAUGCGGAACUAAAUCGGGUUUGUUUCGAAUUCCAGACUGGUUUGGGUUGGAAAGGACCUUAAAUCCCAUCCAGCCCCACACAUUCCGCUGUCCCAGCUUGCUCCAGGCCGGCUUUGGCCACCUCAGGCUGUACAAAUGUGCUGAGGUGGUCAAAGCCUGCUGGAAGUCACGGCAGCAGCUCAGAAAUGGCAGCAGUGCUUGGAAAACCCUCAAUAUUUGGGAUAACAGGGUCUGGCUGUCCUUGGGCACCGUGGAAAAUGGGAUAACAACGUGUGAGACCAUCAAAGUGCUGGAACAGGGAUCAGGCAGCGCUUAGAACUUCCAUAGAUUCCAUAAAUCCAACCUCUCCUGCCGAGCUGGCAGCACCGGGAUCCCCUAAAGACCACAGCUCCUUUUGGGAGUCAAAAGUUGGAUUUGAGAGCAGCGGAGAGCUUGGCUGGGGUGGGAUUUGUGGAAUAACUCCUCAGGGAGAUGAAAGGAAUCCUUGGGGAACCCUCAAUAUUUGGGAUAACAGGGUCUGGCUGUCCUUGGGCACUGUGGAAAAUGGGAUAACAACGUGUGGGGCCAUCAAAGUGCUGGAACAGGGAUCAGGCAGCGCUUAGAACUUCCAUAGAUUCCACAAAUAGAACUUCCAUAGAUUCCACAAAUCCAAGCUGAGGUUGUUCUCCAAGCGUUUGAGCGGAUUUGGAGAGGAGUCCCGGUGAGAGCCGCCCUUGUUCCCUGGACAGGCCUCCUUUCAUCCUGGGGAAUUCACGGGAUGCACGCGGCGCUGGGGUUUGAAGUGUUCGUCACAUGGCCGAUCCCAGCACACGGAUCCGGGAUGGAGCACGGGCUCCGAGCCCUGGCACGGCUCCUGUGGGCAUGGGAAUGUAGCUCCAUCCCUUUGGGAAUUCUUGGAGUUACUGUGGGGCGGGAUCUGCUCGAUCCCUGAUUCUCAUCCUUGUUUGGGGUGCUGGGAUCCUCCAGGAACUGCAGGCUGGAAUCCCACUGAAUUCAUGGAAUUAAUGUGGGUCAGGAUCUGCUCAGUCCCUGAUUUUCCUUCCUCUUUGGGGUGCUGGGAUCCUCCAGGAACUGCAGGUUGGAAUCCACGGAUGAGAACACAGAACAUCUGUGUGGUUUCCUCUUCAAACUCCCCGUGACCUCUGACAGGAUCCCAAGGAAACUGAGGGUGGAUAUCAGGGAAAAGUUCCCCCAGAGGGGGGGGGUCAGGCCCUGGAAAAGGCUCCCCAUGGAAUGGUCACUGUUCCAAACCUUCCAGAGCUUCAGGAAUGGUUGGACAACACUCCCUUUGGGAAGUUCUGAUCCCGCUUUGUGCCAGGUCUUUCCCUGCCCGGAUCCGUGUCCGUGCUGAUCGUGGGGUGUGGGAAUGCAGGAAAGGGGUUUGAAUCUUUAACCUUGGAUUAAAAGGAAUUUUAACUCCGGGUCCUGGAGAAAAGGUGGAUUUGGGAGCACCUUAGGAAAGGUGUUUGAACCUUUAAUCUUUAACCUUGGAUUAAAAGGAUUUUAACCCCGGAUCCUGGAGAAAAGAUGGAUUUGGGAGCACUUUAGGAAAGGUGUUUGAAUCUUUAAUCUUUAACCUUGGAUUAAAAGGAUUUUAACCCCAGAUCCUGGAGAAAAGAUGGAUUUGGGAGGACCUUGGAGCAGUUUUGCAGUAUCCAAAGGAGCUCCAAGAAGGCUGGAAGGGGAAUUUUCACGUGGAUAAAGGGAAUGGACUCGGGCUGAAGGAGGGGAAGGUUUAGAUGGGAUAUAGGAAGGAAUUCCUGCCUGUGAGGCUGGGGAAGGGCUGGGAUGGAAUUCCCAGAGAAUCCGUGGCUGCCUCAUCCCUGGAAGUGUCCAAAGCCAGCCUGGAGCAUGCUGGGAUAGGGGAAUGUGUCCCAAACCAUCCCAGGAUUCCAUUUACACAUCCAUAUAAACAAUUCCUCAAUCAUUUCAAUGAAGCUGCUGUAGCUCUGCGAUUUUUUUUUUUUUCCCCCCUGGGAUUAAGGAUCCACAAAUUGCCUGGAAUGAGGAGAGGAAUCUCUGCUGCCUCUUUUCCCUUCAAAAACCUCGGCAGAGAAGAGGCUCUGCCUGCACAGCCCUCCCUGAAUCGCUUUUUUCAUGCUUGGGAGUCUGAAUCCCAGGGGAGGAUCCGAUGGACGUCCCCAGAUCAAAGCCAUCCCUCUUCCCGCAGACGAGGGCUGGGAUGUGCUGCUUGUGGGAUUUUUCCAGAUCCUUCCAGCCCCUUGGGUCGCUCGAUGUGUUCCAAAAAUCACACUUCAAGCAGCGAUUCCUCCCUUCACCAUUCCCAGAUUUAGGGGGAAUUCGGGGCGCAGAUCUGCGCUCGUGUGGGCCAGAGGUGCAGGACAGGGCUUUGCUGAGCCGCAAAGAGGGUUUUUCCUUCGUUUCAGAGUGGAAAAACUCCUCCAAAAUCCUGUUUGAGGGGAAGGCAAACCUUAGGCAGGGUGUUAAGCUUUAGGCUGGUCUAAGACUACCCAAAGCGCUGCUCCAAAUUUGGCUGCGUUUAAUUAAACCGGAGUGAUUAAACUGUCAGGCCGAGGAGCAGGAGGUGUGGUAGGAUCGCUUUAACUGGGUUUGGAGUGUGAGGAGGAUCCUGGUGGAGGGGAGGAUCCUGUUUUCCUGGGGCUGCGGCCCUUUGGGCUGCCAGAAAGUGACUCAUGGAAGGAAUUUUAACAGCCCUGGUGGAGCAGCACGUUCCCCGUAAAACCCCUGCUUUUCCUGCCGGUAUCGGGGCCAUCCUGGUGCUUUGUAGCUCUCAAAAUGGGAAUUUUUAGGGACUGGAGGCUCCAUUUCCCGUUUCUCUCUUCAUUCCUGGGCUGUGUGCCCCUGGAAUUUCGUGUUCCUGAAGCAGAUUAGGAAUUUGUUGGUGUCCAUGCUUUUGGUGCUGUCAGAGUUGUUCUGCUGCUGGGCACGAGGUAACGCUGGGUUUAGCUCUUUUCAAAGCUGAAUUUCAAAGCUGGGUUUAGGUCUUUUCAAAGCUGGGUUUAGCUCUUUUCAAAGCUGGAUUUAGGACUUUUUAAAAAAGAAAUCAGGAGCUAAACUCACUCCUGAGCCUGAAUUACCGCAGCCGGCUGAGUGCAGGGAGUUGUUCCAUGCCACUGCCCCUGGAAUUCCUCGUCGGCGAUGCUGCAGAGAGGGAAGGCCCCGUCUCGUUCCCGCGGCACGAGGAGGAGCAGCUGCAGCGCUCGGUGAGCUGGCAGCCGUGCCUGCUGAUCCUGGGCCAGAACUGCAACGCCAAGGGCGGCCUGCUGAACGCCCUGCUGGGCCAGCGCCUGCUGCCCGGCGCCCAGGGCGGCAGCGAGGAGCGCUGCGGGCGGCGGCGCGUCCGCUUCACGCACGGGGCGCAGACGCGGCUCAGCCUGGCGCUGCCCGGGCAGUACGAGCUGGUGCAGGCGCUGGCGGCGCACAGCGGGCACUGGGACACCAUCCCCGAGGAGGACCUGCAGGUGGCUGCGGACGCCGAGGAUCCCGCGCAGAGGGCGGCCGAGCUGGAGGUGAUGCUGCCCUGCGCGCUGCUCAAGGAAGUGGACAUCGUGGUGGCUCCGUGCCGGGGGUUCCAGUCAGCUGAAGCCACCCUGGCCGAGUUUGUGAACCAGGUGCUGCCCGUGGUCACCUUCGCCAUCAGCGAGCCCCAGCUGUCCCCGUCGGAUGAGACAGAGCUGCGGGAAAUCAAGGAAAAAUUCUCCCUCCCCAUCUUCUUCUUCCGAGUGCCCGAGCUCGGCAGCGAGCUGAUCUCUCCCAAAAAACCCGACAAGGACAAAUCCUCCCUUUACUUCCAGCUGCUGCACCUGGAAUACCUGAGCCCCUGCAGCUCGUGCGGCGCCGCCGGCUCCGUGCUGGCGGAGCAGCCGGAAAAACUGCGGCUGCUGAGCUCUUUUUGCAGGCAGGUGCUGCAGAAACACCUGGUGGAGGCGGCCACGAGGCUGAACGAGGUUCACUGCCGCUGCCUGAACAUCUUCAUCAACCAGGCGUUCGACAUGCAGCGCGACCUGCAGAUCACGCCCAAGCGGCUGCAGUACACGCGGCGCAAGGAGAACGAGCUCUUCGAGUCGCUCAUGGGCAUCGCCAACCGCAAGCAGGAGGAGAUGAAGGACAUGAUCGUGGAGACCCUGGGCAGCAUGAAGGAGGAGCUGCUGGAGGAUGCUGCCAGCAUGGAAUUCCGAGAUAUCAUCAUCCCCGAGAACGGGGAGCCCGUCAGCUCCAGGGACAUCAAAUGCUGCAUCAAACAGAUCCAGGAGCUGAUCAUUUCCAGGCUCAACCAAGCCGUGGCCAACAAAUUGAUCAGCUCCGUGGAUUAUCUGCGGGAGAGCUUCGUGGGCACUCUGGAGAGGUGCCUGAAGAGCCUGGAGGAGUCCUGGGAGGUGUCCGUGCAUCCCGCCAGGAGUUUGGAGAAGCCCAAGGAUGUUUCCGUGCACAUCACGAGCAAUUAUCUCAAACAGAUACUCAAUGCAGCUUAUCACGUGGAAGUCACUUUCCACUCCGGCUCUACGGUGACCAGGAUGCUCUGGGAGCAGAUCAAACAGAUAAUCCAGCGGAUCACGUGGGUCAGCCCCCCGGCCAUCACCAGCGACUGGAAGAGGAAGGUGGCCCAGGACGCCAUCGAGAGCCUCAGCGCCUCCAAACUGGCCAAGAGCAUCUGCAGCCAGUUCCGCACGCGCCUCAACAGCUCCCACGAGGCCUUCGCGGCCUCCCUGCGCCAGCUGGAGGACGGCCACUCUGGCCGGCUGGAGAGGACAGAGGACCUGUGGCUGAAGGUGAGGAAGGACCACGCUCCUCGGCUGGCCCGGCUCUCCCUGGAGAGCAGAUCCCUGCAGGAUGUGCUGCUGCACGGGAAGCCCAAGCUGGGCAGGGAGCUGGGCCGAGGCCAGUACGGGGUGGUGUACCUGUGUGACAGCUGGGGGGGACACUUCCCCUGCGCCCUCAAAUCCGUCGUCCCUCCGGAUGAGAAGCACUGGAACGACCUGGCGCUGGAGUUUCACUACAUGAGGUCCCUGCAGUCCCACGAGAGGCUCGUGCACCUGCACGGGUCCGUGAUCGAUUACGGCUACGGAGGAGGCUCCAGCAUUGCUGUGCUGCUGAUCAUGGAAAGGCUGCACAGGGACCUCUACACGGGGCUGAAGGCUGGGCUGGAAUUGGAGCCACGGUUGCAGAUUGCCUUGGAUGUGGUGGAAGGGAUCCGCUACCUGCACAGCCAGGGGCUGGUGCACAGGGAUAUCAAACUCAAAAACGUCCUGCUGGACAAAAAGAAUCGGGCCAAAAUCACGGAUUUGGGGUUCUGCAAACCCGAGGCGAUGAUGUCUGGCAGCAUUGUGGGCACCCCCAUCCACAUGGCUCCCGAGCUCUUCACAGGGAAAUACGACAAUUCUGUGGAUGUUUAUGCCUUUGGGAUCCUGUUCUGGUACCUGUGCUCGGGCCACGUGAAGUUACCCGAGGCCUUCGAGAGGUGUGCGAGCAAAGAUCACCUGUGGAACAACGUCAGGAGAGGGGUUCGUCCGGAGCGUCUCCCGGUGUUUGACGAGGAGUGCUGGCAGCUGAUGGAAGCCUGCUGGGACGGGGACUCUUCCCAACGGCCUCUCCUGGGAAUCGUGCAGCCCAUGCUCCAGGGAAUCAUGGACAGGCUCUGCAGGGCCGGCUCCGAGCAUCCCAACAAAGGCUUGGAUGACUCCACCUGAGCGGGAAGCGCGGCCGGAUUUGGGAAUUGCGGAGUGGGGGGGGGGGGAGGAAUUCCAGCCCUGCCUCUGCCGGGGGCUCCGUGCCGGCCCCGAGCGGGACAGGGAGGAGCAGCCAGAGGUGGCUCGGGGAGGGGGCUGAGGGCUCCAUCCCAAUCCCAGCCCGUUAUCCCAAUGGAAUUGUGCAGCCCAGGCGGGGAAAACCCAAACCCUUGGGACUGAGAGGGGACUCUGCCAAUUCCCCCCCGAGCCUGGUGUGGGAUCCGUGCGAUGGGAAAAGCCUUCCUGUGCUCUCCGGGAUAAGGAUCCCGCUCCUCAGGCAGCGGCACGAAUUCCAGAGCGCUCGGAGAGGAAGGAAAAAAGGCACCAAACUUUAGGAUAAGGAAGUGUUGGGAAGCUCCAAGGAGCUGCUGCACCACUGGAAAUGUUUACAUGGACAGGAGCGAAGCUUCCGUGUUUUACUCUGGGGACUUGCAAAACCCCGCCUGGAUAAGCUAUUGAUCCCUAAUCCCAGCUUUUCCUCCUCUUUUUUUCCCCGCUCCUUCGGCUUCCUAAGAUUUCUUGGAAUGGCUGGAGAAACCUGCCCUCGCUUCCACGCUCGGCUCCUCCGAGGUUCCACUUUGUAGCAGCACAAAAAGUCCUUCCAAUGGUUGAUUUUUUCCCGUGGGAAAAGUGCCAAAAUUCCUUUUCGGUCGGGAUUUGGGGCUUGGAAUGAACGGGAAAGGUCGUGGCAGUUUUAAAUUGGGUGAAGUCUGGACAGGAAUAUUUUUAAAAAUUAGGAUUUUUUUUUUCUCAGCUUUUCUUGAGAGUUGGAGGGAAGAAAGAUCCUUCCUCCUUCUCCUGAGAUUCACUCCAGGGCUGGAAUUCGGUUGGAAAGAAAAAACAAAUGGGGAUAGGGAAGGAGGGGGAUCCUGGGCAAGGUUGUCUUUCCCAAAUUCCUGGAGAUCCCAGUUUUCCUCCUGCAUUGUUUGGGGUGGAGUUGGGAGCAGGAAACGCCCCUUGGGGACUCCGGGAGGGAGUUGGGAAUUCUCCCUGGAAUUCCCAGGGGGUGGGCGGGGCCUGGCAUUCCCGGGAAAGGAGCGCAGGAAGGUGGAAUUCCUUGGUUGGAAAUUCCAGCUGCCGUGGCCGAGGGCCGGGGACGCAGGGCUGCUUUAGUGGGAAUCUUCUCCUUUCGUUGUGCAAUAAAAAUGGAUUCGGGAGCUUUGGAUGGAGAGAAAAUCCCGGCUUUAUUUUGUGUUCCUCCCCUGUGUUUCUCCCGUGUGGGAUGUGCCGGCAUUCCCGGCGGGCUUGGGAUGGAUCCGGCCUCUGCUGCCAUUCCCAGAGUGGUUUUCAUGGAUCCAAUCCCUGUGUUGGCAUUCCCAGCAUGGCUUUUUUAUGGAUUCAGCCUCUCCUGGCAUUGCCAGAGUGGAUUUUAUGGAUCCAACCCCUGUUCUGCCAUUCCAGGGUGGAUUUUCAUGGAUCCAUCCCUCUCUGGCAUUCCCAGGGUGGUUUUUAUGGAUCCAUUAUCCCUCUCUGGCACUCCCAGGGUGGAUUUUAUGGAUCCAUUUUUCCCCUCUGGCAUUCCCAGAGUGGUUUUUAUGGAUCCAUCCCCCCUCUGGCGUUCCUGGGGUGGUUUUUAUGGAUCCAUUAUCCCUCUCUGGCAUUCCCAGAGUGGAUUUUAUGGAUCCAUUUUUCCCCUCUGGCAUUCCCAGAGUGGAUUUUAUGGAUCCAUCCCCCCUCUGGCAUUCCUGGGGUGGAUUUUCAUGGAUCCAUCCCUCUCUGGCAUUCCCAGAGUGGAUUUUAUGGAUCCAUUUUUCCCCUCUGGCAUUCCCAGGGUGGAUUUUAUGGAUCCAUCCCCCUCUGGCAUUCCUGGGGUGGAUUUUAUGGAUCCAUUUUUCCCCUCUGGCAUUCCUGGGGUGGGUUUUAUGGAUCCAUUUUUCCCCUCUGGCAUUCCCAAGGUGGAUUUUAUGGAUCCAUCCCCCUCUGGCAUUCCCAGCUCUCCCAUCCCCACCCAGCUGCUGGGCCAAGCCCUCCCCCACUUUUCCAAAGCCCAAUCCCACUUUCCCUGCCCCGGGCACCCCUUGGGCACAUGAACAGCGUUAACCCCGUGUGCCACCGGGCCUGGGAGGGGAAAAACCUCGGGAAAAACCUCUGGAAAACCGGGAGAGCCCAGCUUGGAGGCCUUGGAAGGGCGGGAGGGCGUUUGUGUAAAUAAAAAAUGUCUGAAUAAACCUGAAACCUCGGA